GGAGGGUUGUUGGUCUCGCGACUUCAGUGAGGGCGAGAAAAAAGCAAUGUGCUACAAUAAAAAACCUUAAGGAAGGGGAUGCCAAUACCAAGUUUUUUCACCUGAGAGUCAACGCAAGGAGACGGAAAAACUUCAUUCACCGCCUCAAAGUGGGUGCCGGAUGGGUCACCUCGCAUGAGGAAAAGAAUAAAGCGGCCGAUGAUAACAUUGGAGUGCAAGUGACACCCGAAUCAACACUUCAGCAGACAAAACUUGAUUCUUUCUUCCGCAAUUCCGAUUGGGACAUCUCCUACAGUGACCAUAUCCUUCAAGCCCUCUCGUCCUCCCUCUCGGACCACUGCCCGCUCCUUCUUUCGCACGACUGUUUAACACGAGAAAAAUAUCGCGUGAGACUCCGGGAGAAGGAAAAGGGGAGCGUAUUUCUCUCUUGUGUCGGGUAAAUACAGAGUAAAUGUGCGGGCGUGCGAGUGUACCGUAGUACACGAAAAGGUGUACGGAAACGAGUAUUUCAUUAAUCUUAUCGGAGAAACAAAAUUACAAGUUCCCAUAUAGAAAGGGGCGAUCCGUGGCCUACUGGCGCGGCCAAGCUGACUAUGGCGAUUGUGUGAUCUCCUGGUUCCCGGGGCCUCGAAAGGCUCCCGGUUAAUUACUCCCGCGGGUUGCUUCACGGGAUACCUCCGAUUGAGCUGUGUGGUCGUCAUCGUCGUAUUCGCUUCGUGUUCUCCAUGGAUGCAUGAUGAGGUUGAUGGUGUGUGUGGCGGGGCAGUGACAGAGCCCGUGUCUCGUCGGUACACGCGCCGCAAGUGGUGUGGCCUUUAUGGUGGCCACGCCCGCCCUCGCCUUCGUGCCUCGUCGGUCUUGGCGGAAGCGUCGAUCGCGGAGUAGCAUGGAGAGCGCUCGGCUUGGACUGUAUGAUGAUCGGAAGCCUCGUCGGGGCAUGCAAGGAGUCUUUUGACCCAACGGAAAUCAUCUAUUUUAUGAUUAUUAUCUCCUGCGUAUAUUUUGAGUAUUUCCAGUUGAGUGUUCAUAUGCAACUGCAUUUGUAGAUCAAAAUUCGGGUGUCAGAAGUUGGCGAGACGCUCACAAGUCACCAGUCACAUGGCCGAGCUAACACACGCACCCGGUCCAUGACCGUGUCUUGAAGCUCGAGAUUGCCACAUCGACAUCGAGUAGCAGCUCGCCCAGGCAGUUCAUGAGUAGAAGGUCUGUUACUCUCCUGUUGUUUUAUUUAAUUUAUCCAAAGAGUGGUCACUUCGCCAUCAAGUUCGUCAGAAUCAGAUGAUGUGCUCAAGCAUGUGCCAUCAAUCCCUGAACAGCUAAAGGACUGGGAGGAUGGUCUGACGGAAACUGAUGCAGAUGGUCUUUCUUGCACGAGCAUUGAAACUCUGAUCUAAGACUUUUCAAUAGUGGAACUCUGAUCGACGACUUUUCAAUACUGCUGCUUCUGAUCCGAGCAGAGUUAGAGAUACCACAGUCUGCCGGCGACACGCUACAAGCUCUCCAGUCUUUGUACUUGAUAAAAUCCUGCAUGAAAAAGGUCUUCCAGGACCGCAUCAAAGGCAACCAUCACCAGAACACCCCGACGCAACAGUUACAUCAACAACAUCCAGGUCGUAGCGGGAUAUUCACACCCAAAAGUUCGGAGAGGCCACAUACAGAGGUGACUGAAUGAAGAGGCCAAUCUUAUCUUCUCCGCUUUUCUGACUGGUUGAAUGAGACCCUUCGGAUCGAUUGUAACAGCGAUGUUGCAGAUGAUAACACCGCCAGCGUACAUCAAGUUUGACCGGAACGAGCUGACGACGAUAGGGGGGACGAAGGAUGGCUCUCGUGACUGUCCGUUGGUUGCUUGCGGUUGUGGAGCAGGUAGUGCUGAGGUUGAUGAGGGCGCACAGGGCGAAGGAAGAUCAACCUGAGAGUUUUUGCUGCGAAGAAGCUGCUGGUGGGCCUCGUAUUGCUGUGCGUGGUGGUGGCAUCUUGUUGAGCUUACUUUACAUGUGUUGGUUCCAGCACCGGUGGCUGGCACCUGGCGGCUGCUGCGAAUGCGCCAUGACCUCCAGUGAAGCUCCCAGGUUGGAAAUGAUGGUGAAUGUGCGAAAAUCCGGAGUCGCAGAGAUGGGAACCAUGAAAUGCAAAGCAAGAUCCCUAAUAAGAACACAGGAAGGAAAGGAAAGAUGUGGAUGUAAAUUUACGCUGCGAUGCUCCAGGGUUUCGUUGUCCCGGCGAAAAGAAGGAAAGGAAAACAGUCUCUGGUUGGUUGGUUGGUUGUUAGUGUGAAUGGUUUGGUUUGGAGAGGCGCAUGCAUCUGCUAGCUGAUGAGACGAACCAUAUAAAACUACCGCCUUGUAUACUGUUUUAUAUGGCACCCUGUCGGUUGUUGGGUCACGGAUCAGAACAAGGCCGAGGGUAGGAAAUAUACCAUACACAGCACACCAGCCCGCAGUUUCUCACUCGGAGACAUGGCGACACCGGCGGUCUACGCGCUCCUCCUCCUCGUACUGCUGACGGCGACGGCAGUGGCGGCGCCCUCGCAGGACGACGCCCUUCUGGCGUGGAAGGCCAGCCUCGGACACCCAGCCGCGCUGUCCAGCUGGACCAAGGCAACGCCGGUCUGCUCCUCCUGGCUUGGCGUGGCCUGCGACGCCAGCGGCAACAUCACGUCCCUCAGGCUCCGGGGGCUCGGCCUCACCGGCACGCUUGACGCGCUAGAUGCCUCGGCGCUACCGGGCCUGGCAGCACUCGACCUCAACAACAACAACAUCAACGGCACCAUUCCGGCAAGCCUCUCGCGGCUGCGCUCCCUCGCCGCACUCGACCUCGGCAGCAACUGGUUGAAUGGCUCCAUCCCGCCGCAGCUCGGCGAUCUCUCUGGCCUCGUCGACCUCCGCCUCUACAACAACAACCUCGCCGGCGACAUCCCGCACCAGCUCAGCAGGCUUCCCAGGAUCGUGCAUCUCGACCUCGGCUCCAACUACCUCACCAACCCAGACUACCGCAGGUUCUCGCCAAUGCCCACCGUCACCUUCCUCUCGCUCUACCUCAACUACCUCAACGGCAGCUUCCCGGAGUUCAUCCUCAAAAGCAGCAACGUCGCCUACCUUGACGUGUCGCAGAACUUUAUCUCUGGCCCGAUACCCGACUCGCUGCCGGAGAACCUCCGAAACCUCAUGUACCUCAACUUGUCCAUGAACACCUUCUCAGGGAGGAUACCGAGGUCACUGUCGAAGCUGGGGAAGCUCCAGGACCUACGGAUUGCCGAUAACAAGCUGACGGGUGGAAUCCCUGAGUUCCUUGGCUCCAUGUCCCAGCUGAGGGUUCUCGAACUCGGCGGCAACCCGCUCGGCGGAUCCAUCCCGCCGGUCCUUGGCCGGCUUCAAAUGCUGCAUCGCCUUGACAUCCGUAACGCCGGGUUGGUUUCCAUUAUUCCACCGGAGUUGGGCAACCUUGACAAUGUCAAUUAUGUGGACCUGUCCAUGAACCAGGUCAUCGGUGUCCUCCCACCGGAGUUAGCCAGGUUGCGCAAAAUGCAGGCUUUUGGCAUAUCGUCGAACAAACUCGCAGGUCAGAUUCCACCGGCUAUAUUCACGAGCUGGCCAGAGCUCAUAAUUUUCCAAGGGCAGAACAACUCGUUUUCAGGGAAGAUUCCACCGGAGCUCGGCAACGUAACCAAGCUGGAAAUCCUGUAUCUCUUCCUCAAUAACCUUACGGGCUCUAUCCCUGCCGAGCUGGGCAAGCUACUGAGCCUGGAACAGUUGGAUUUGUCGGUCAACUAUUUAACGGGACCAAUCCCCAGCUCGAUUGGCAACCUCAAGCAGCUCACUAGGCUGGCGCUCUUCUUCAACCAGCUCACUAGCACAAUCCCGCUGGAGAUUGGCAACAUGACGGCGUUGCAAGUCUUUGAUGUCAACACCAACAGUUUGGAAGGUGAGCUGCCCGCCACCUUCACAUUGCUCAGGAAUCUCCAAUACCUCUCCAUGUUUGACAACAACUUAAACGGCACCAUACCGCCGGACCUCGGGAAGGGGCUAAGCUUAACCGAUGUGAGUUUCGCGAACAACAGCUUCUCUGGUGAGCUGCCGCGGAGACUGUGUGAUGGCCUCACGCUGCAGAACUUCACGGCGAACCACAACAACUUCAGCGGUAGGCUACCGUCCUGCUUGAAAAAUUGCACAGAGUUGUUCCGGGUGCGGCUUGAAGGCAACCAUUUCACCGGCGACAUAUCCGAGGCGUUUGGCGUCCAUCCCAUCUUGGACUACUUGGAUAUCUCAGGGAAUCAGCUGACAGGGAAGUUGUCGUCCGACUGGUCAGAGUGCACCAAUCUUACGCGCUUACACAUGAACGACAACCGAAUAUCUGGCAAUAUUGAUGCAACCUUCUGCAGAUUGACCUCUCUCCAUAAUCUGGAUCUAUCAAAUAACCAAUUCACUGGGGAGCUCCCAAGUUGCUGGUGGAAAUUCAAAAGUAUGUGGUUAAUGGAUUUGUCCAACAAUGGCUUCUCAGGUGAACUUCCUAUAUCAACAAGCUUGGGCCUUAAACUCCAGUCACUUCGUCUUGCUAACAAUAGUUUUCUGGGAGUUUUUCCAUCCGUAAUUGAAACCUGCAGAUCUCUCGUCAUCCUAGAUCUUGGCAACAACAUGUUCUUUGGUGAUAUCCCCUCCUGGGUUGGAACGAGUGUUCCUCUUCUAACAGUUCUGAGCCUCCCAUCCAACAAUUUCAGUGGUGUCGUUCCACCCGAGUUAUCCCAACUUUCUAAUCUGCAGGUCCUGGACCUGUCCAGCAACUCCUUCUCAGGUGAGAUCCUCAUGGCCAUGCCAAACCACAAUUGCUCUCUUGAGUCGUUUCAUCUCGCCGGCAACAGCUUCGUGGGCGCCUUCCCACCAUUUCUGCAGGACUGCAACUCCCUGGUCACCCUGGACAUUGGGAAUAACCGAUUCUUUGGUAGUGUCCCUACAUGGAUCGGGAGUCAACUUCCAUCACUGAAAAUCCUUAGACUUAGAUCAAAUAACUUCAGUGGAGAUAUCCCCAUGGAGUUAUCAAGGCUUUCACAACUUCAGCUGCUUGAUAUGGCCAACAAUAGCUUGACAGGAUCAAUUCCGGUGGCCUUUGGCAACCUGACCUCUAUGAGGCAUAAUCUUCCCCAGUUGGUCCGAUUGACGCCAGUUUCCUCUCCUUCUUUUCAGAUUACGCCUGAUGGCCGAGUGCGAGUGGAUGAGUUCUCAGAUAGAGUCAACAUAUCCUGGAAGGGCCGUGAGCAAACUUUUCAGAAAAGCAUCGGGUUAACAGGUAUUGAUCUAUCAGGCAAUCAACUUGCUGAGAACAUCCCGGAGGAGCUGACAUAUCUCGAAGGUCUCCGGUUUCUGAACUUGUCCAGAAAUGAUCUAUCAGGCAGUAUUCCAGAAAAAAUCGGAAGUUUGGUGCUCCUGGAUUUCCUUGACCUCUCAUGCAAUGAACUCUCAGGUACUAUUCCUCCCAGCAUUUCAAAUCUGCGGUCCCUCGGCGUGCUAAACCUCUCGGACAAUCGCUUACGGGGCCGCAUACCCACCGGAAAUCAGUUACAGACGCUCGUGGAUCCAUCAAUUUACGGCAACAAUCCUGGGCUCUGUGGCUUCCCGUUGAAUCCUUGUGAGCCUACAUUGGACCAGGGAGCUGAAGUCCGCAAAGAACUCGGUGACCUGGGCCUAUGGUACUCUGUAAUUCUUGGCGUUGUUUUUGGUUUUUGGCUUUGGUUUGGAGCUCUGUUCUUCCUCGAGCCGUGGAGAUAUUCCUUUCUCUGUUUUGUUGAUGGCUUAGGAAGGAAGAUCGACGCAAGGCGUUAAUAAGGGUAUUAUGCUCACAUGUGGUAAAUCAGCAGCGACUCAUAGCGUCAAUUAUGUAUGUUCCUUUUUAGGAAAAUUUGUAAGACUGUACUUCUACUGAAUUACAUAUGUGGUAAUAAAGUUAAAUAAUUGGUCCGUUAAUACAGAUGCAGCUUUGUUAUCUGUAGCUAGCUGAAAGAAAGAGUUCAUUCUAA